UGAUUCCACCAUCCACGUCGACCUUGUUUCCGAUUAUUACACUUGCACUAAUGCGCCUGCCUAUUGUGAAAUUUCUGUUUACAGAGAGGGGUGAGAAAAGGCUUGAAUGUGUACGUACCUGGAUCAGAAACUCUUCUCUCCAGUUGUUGAGACUGUCAAAAGAUUUCAUGGAAAGAACACAGCAAUGGCCACCACGGUAAAAAGCUACACCAAGGCUCUGAAACCUGUCUUGUCCAUCUGUAUCCCAGAUCUGUAAUAACCCACCCAUUGACAGAAAACACACAUAAACAAGUGAGCUUUGAACAAGCAAAGAGGGUAGCUCCUACAAAUGUAAAAUGAGACGCAACACUUUGGACAAUUUAGAGAAAAUCAUUAAGAACCACAUGAACAUAUCCUAGCGGCUUGCCUCAGUCAAAAAAUAAUUAAAUGCGUAUGAUGUGUAUUAUACAUACAGUACUUUGGUGUUGUAUAACGAACGAGUGCAAAAACUGAAAGCCCAUUAUCUUACUGACAAAUAAAAGUUGGGAAGAGAUUAGAAAAAAAAAGUAAUUAAAAACAUCGAUGGGCCCUAAAUAUAAAAGCUGUGCCCUAGUGAUAAUACUGCAAACAAAGAUGACAGACGACAGGAAGAUCGAAGGAGCUGAAGACUUGAUCAGCAAUUUACCAGAUGUGAUCCUCCAACACAUACUCUGCUUUGUUCCGACCACCAAAGUAGCCAUCAGAACUUCCCUCUUGUCUAGACGAUGGAGGCAUGUCUGGUGCGAGGUACCUUCUCUCCCCUUAGAUGUCGGUACACUGACGACUGCAGCUUCGGUAAACGAAGCCCUAACUCGCUACACAGCUCCCAAGACAAAGAGUUUUCACCUCACAAUAAAAUACGUAAUGAAGAACAUACCAUACAUGGACACGUGGAUCAAGUUCGCCAUGUCACACAGCGUUGAGAAUCUUUCCCUGGAUUUCCUUCAUCAUUAUUAUAGAUAUAAGCUUCCAGAUUUCCUCUACAACAGUUCGUCUGUCAAGCAACUCAACAUUAACCGUAACCAAACGAUUGUUCCACAGUGCACUGUGUCUUGGACAUCCUUGCACAAGUUAUCCUUGAAAUUUUGUAGACUCUCUGAUGAAUCCAUGGCUAAGAUUCUAUCCGGUUGUCCGGUUCUCGAAUACUUAAAAUUGUAUCACUGCGGUGAACUAAAUGUUCUUGAUCUCAGCCAAUCUCCACGUCUGAGAACAUUGGAAGUAAUACGUAACAUGACAACGGUUCGGGGGCCAAGACAGAUUGUGGCACCACACAUCCAUUGUCUCAGACUGUAUGACCCUCAGUUAUCAUGUUCUUUGGUCGAUGUCGCUUCUUUAACCGAAGCUAGGCUGGAAAUUUCCUGUGUCUCAUUGAACUCUGACUUCAACGCUAAUUUUCUCCAAGUCGUGGUGUUAAAGAUGCUAGAAAAUUUAAAGAACGCAGAGAAGGUUAAGCUAGGGAGAAACUUUAUUCAGAUUUUAUCUCUUGCUGAGAUUCGUGGUGUUCCUUUCCCGGUGCUCAAGGUCAAAGCAUUGACUCUUGAUACAAAGAUCUCUCACUAUGUUAUUCCUGGCAUCGAAAGACUGUUACAAAACUCACCUGAUUUAGAGAAGCUAACAGUAGGUGGAAGGGCUCCUUUCCGCAUGCCGGUGGUAUUUCUUGACAAAUACUUGAAACUACAAGGCUUUAACGUGAACAAAUGCUGGAGAUCAAAAGAUGGAGGAGCCUCUUGGAAUGAAGAGCACUGUGUGGAUGCAAAAUUAGAGCAUGUGGCUUCAUUAGUGGAACUUUUGCUUAUAAACUGUACAGAGAAAUUAUAUAAGAUUGUCCUACUGUUGGAUGAACGUUACCUUAAGUUUAAAACUGAAGACCUGACUGCAACACUUUCUCACAAUAACAAUGUCACCAUUGUGCUGAUCUCUUUAUAGGGGGUUAUAAAGUCUUUGAGUGUCAUUGAACAUUUAAUAUUUGUUUUUAUGCAACUUGUAUGUCUACUUUAUUACUUGCGAUUUGUACUCGAAGCAUGGAAUCAAACUCGAAGAGCAUAUGAUAUGGAACCAGUGAGGCUUAGAACCUGAGAAGGAGAGACUUAUUCAUCACCUCUUUCACUGUCGAUCACUAUCAAACUAUGAUCUAAAAUAACUCAUAUCUUCUGCGCGGUAUAUCCUACAGCACGAAAAGGCAUACAAAACUUACUAAAAAAAACUCACUUAUUUCGAAUUUGGUCAUGGAAGCUUGGCUAAUACUCCAAGGGAUGCUUGAGGAGGAUAUGUAUGAGCUUUUUUAGUGGCUUUAGGUGGGAGACUCCAAGGGUAAGCUUAGAAACUCAAACCAGGAGGUUGAGAUUGGACCAAACAAACACUGAGCUCUCUUGUCUUUUAUAGGAAAUAUGUGUUUUUUUUUAAAGAAACAACAAAUACUUGCUAGACAAGUCAAAUCAUUUUGAAGGGUUCGUUAAGCCCACAAAAGAACAAAUUUA